AUGACAUCAGCCCCACCCAUAACACCAGCAACAGGGGGAGCAGCAGCAGCAGCAGCAGCAGCAGCAGGAUCGCCAGCUAUGCAGGAGUCGUCUCAGCGCGUACGCGAGCUGCUCGACGAGGUUGCGCGGAAGGACAACGCGCUGCAGCAGAUCCGCGCGCUGUUCGAGUCGCUGAGCAGCGACUACGAGGUUGUGCAGCGCCGCGGGGAGCGGGCGCAGUUGGAGCUUGCGUCUCUCACAACGCAACAUGAAACACAGCAGCAGGAACUCAUCGCCCUCAAGGCGAAGAGCGCGCUGCUCGAGUCCCGAGUCAAGCUGGAGGACGACGAGUGGGACCGCCGCACACGGCAGCUGCGGCAGGAACUCGCUGCGGCCGUGGAGGAGCGCGACAGCCUCGCGAAGGAGCGUGAGGCGCAGUGGCGGCAAACACGGAGCCUCCGCGCGCAGCUGGACGAGCAGCGGUGCCAGCACGAGGAGGCGGAGGUUGCGUGGCGGUGCAGGUUGGAUGAGGCGCGCAGGGAGGCGGAGGAGAAG